AUGCCAAAAGAGGACGCCCGAACGUUUAAUAAGAGGGAGCCAUCCGCAGCUCUCUCUCCCCCCCAAAGCAGCGAGCAGCUUCCCACCGAGCCCCCUCAAAACAGACUGUUAGCCAUCACAGGCCCUGGUGGAGGUAGAGGGCGUGGGAGCUUAUUGCUGAGGCGUGGAUUCUCGGAUAGUGGAGGAGGACCCCCAGCCAAACAGAGGGAUCUUGAAGGGGCAACCAGUAGGCUGGGUGGAGAACGUCGGACAAGAAGAGAAUCACGCCAAGAAAGCGACGCAGAAGAUGAUGAUAUUAAAAAGCCAGCGUUGCCAUCUUCUGUUGUGGCUACCUCCAAAGAGCGAACACGUCGAGACCUUAUACAGGAUCAAAAUAUGGACGAGAAAGGAAAACAAAGGAAUCGACGUAUAUUUGGCUUGUUGAUGGGCACUCUUCAAAAAUUUAAGCAGGAGUCCACGGUUGCUACUGAGAGGCAAAAGAGACGACAAGAAAUUGAGCAAAAACUUGAAGUGCAGGCAGAAGAAGAAAGAAAGCAAGUUGAAAAUGAAAGGCGAGAACUAUUCGAAGAGAGACGUGCUAAACAGACAGAGCUGCGGUUACUGGAGCAAAAGGUUGAGCUUGCUCAGUUGCAAGAAGAAUGGAAUGAACAUAAUGCUAAAAUAAUUAAAUACAUAAGAACGAAGACAAAACCCCACUUAUUCUACAUACCUGGCAGAAUGUGUCCUGCUACGCAGAAGCUGAUGGACGAGUCACAGAAAAAGAUGAAUGCACUCUUUGAAAGCAGGCGAAAUGAAUUUGCAGAGCAGAUUAACAAAAUGGAGGCCAGGCCCAGAAGACAAUCUGUGAAGGAAAAAGAACAUCAGGAGGUGCAGAAUGAAGAAAAGAAGGAAGAACAGAACAAGGAGCAGGAAGAGGGUAAGGUGGCUCAGCAGGUGGAAGAGUUGGAGACAGGUAAUCAGCACAAUGACGUAGAAAUGGAGGAGGUAGGGGAGGAAAAGGGAAAAACAGGUUCAGGGCAUAGUGAUGCAGAGAAAGAACAGGAAGACGAUGAACAGAAACAUGAAGUGGAGAUUAAGGUAGAAGAGGCUACUGAGGUGAGGGAGAAUGACAAGCAACAGGAUGGUCAGCAUGAAGAGGUCACAGUUGUAAAAGAGGAAAGUGAAAACAUUCAGCCGGUGGAUAAUGAGCAGGAGGUGGCUGAAAUGAAUGAGGCAGAUAGUGUAGAACCUGUAGAAAAUGAAAAUGGCAAAGAAGUGGAACCAGAAACAGAGUGUGAUGCUCAGCCAGAAAAAGUGUGUAAUGUUCCUUCUCCUGAGAAGGAGGAGGAUAUUAAAGCAGAAAUUGAAGCUGAACCUGAAGAAAAACAGGAGAAGGCACCUGAAGCUCAGCCAGAACCUGUGGCUGAGGCUCCGUCUCAGCCACAGUCUGUGCCACUGCCACAGUCACCUCAGUUGUCUCAGGCCACUCAGGAUACAGAGUCCCAGGCAGACAAGGAUGAAAAUGCUGUGGUGUCUGUAAAGGUGGUUGAGGCACAGACAGAGCAGAGUCAGACGCCGAGCGUAGAAAUUAAGAGUAAGACUAGGAGUAGAAGCAGGGGUAGGGCAGGGAACAAAACUGGUAAGAGUCAUAGCCGUAGUAGCAGCAGCAGUAGUAGCAGUAGUACUUCAAGCAGUACUAGUACUGGAAGUAGUUCCAGCACUGGCAGCAGUAGCAGUCGGAGUACUUCCACCAGCAGCAGCACUACAAGCGGAAGUACUAGCAGGGACAGUAGCAGCAGUAGCUCUAGCAGUAGUGAGAGUCGGAGUCGAAGCCGAGGAAGAGGGCAUAACAGAGAUAGAAAACGCAGAAGGAGCACGGAGAGGAAGCGAAGGGAUGCUUCAGGAGUAGAUAGAAGUCACAAGUCCUCAAAAGGUGGGAGUAGAGAUACCAAAAGCUCAAAGGAGAAAAGUUCAAGAUCUGACAGAAAGAGGUCUAUAUCAGAAAGUAGUCGGUCAGGCAAGAGAACUUCACGGAGUGAAAGAGACCGUAAAUCAGACAGGAAAGACAAAAGGCGUUAACAGAAGAGACCAAGCUUCCUUAGCCUAAUCUUUGCAGCGGAAGAUUAUUUGAGUGAAAGGAUUCCUUGUAAGGAGGAGGAGAAGGCUGCCUUAAGAAUUGCAUGCUGUAAAAAAUCUUUUGGAAAAAUGCAGACUGUUUACCAGGCAUUCUUGUACUUUUUACAUAAUUUUGUAAAAGGUUACCAAAAUUAUGUGAAGUUCCUGAAAAUGUAAAAAUAAAAGAUUAACACUC